UGGUCUGUUAGGGGGGAGUAUGCGCGGCAGUACACUGCCAAAGUGUCCGGCAGAAUGGGCGCACCGCGCACGCUGCUCUGCCUCGCGCUGCUGGCGGCCUGCGCCGGCGCCGGCGCCGGCGUCUCGCCGCAGAAUGUGCCCGUACGUGCUGAAAAACAAAUUGAACUUUUCGAUGGAGUCACCAUGCUCUUGCCGACUCCCGAAACCACAAACAGGACUGAGAAUGCAAUAGUUUCCUUUAAAAUUGACACUACAAGGAGCAUACAGGAAGGUCGCGGUAAACAGAAGAAGCUGAUGGAGCGCAUCCUGCCGAUGUUCAUCAUGCCAUUUAUCAUCCAGUCCACCAUCGUGCCCAUGUUCCUCAGCAUGCUCAAGUUCAUGCUCUUCAAGUCCAUGAUGGUCGGCAAGCUGGCCUUGGCCCUAAUCCUCUUCAACGCGUUUAGAAACCACAACACCUUCAAAGGAAGGAAGGAGGAGCAAAUUGCAGAUGUUCACUACGGCUAUCAUGGGCAAAUGGAAGAAUACGGAGCUUAUAUUAAUUGAGGAUGCAUCAACA